AUGAAAAAGCAACGAGAGGAAUUUCACUCAGCUUUUGAGAACUUACAAGUGAAAAAGAGAGCCCUUGGAGAGAAGGAGGCCAAGUUGAGGCACUAUAUGCAGAAGUUUGACAACGUUUUGAAAGAGCAUAACACGAGGCGAUGUAGAGCUGUGAGAAAGGCAAAAGAUGAGAGGCAGCUAACUGAGCAGAAGCAAACCCAACUCUGUGCUCUCCGAAAUAAAACCAAGGAGCUGAUCCAGGAACGCCAAUGCCUUAAGAGACAACUACACAAGGACACUCUCAACCUCACCUACCUGGAGAACGUGGUGCAGGCCAGUGAGCAAUUCCAUGAGCCCCAACAGUUGAUUCAUAGCUUCAGAACCUUGAUGUUGGACCAAGAAAACCUGUUGUGUAUCAUCCAGGAAAAACAGGACUGCAGCGAGAAUGCCCGUGCCGAACUUGCUCGCCAAACUGAGCAGCACGUUGAUAUUCUCUUGCGCUACAAUAACAAACUGAGCCAACUGCAAAGCAAACUGGAGGAGAUCCUUGCUGAGAGGAUGAUCUGGGAGUCAAAAUGGAACCAUAUUCAGGAUACAGCUGCAAAGAAGGUAAUGCUGAUAGGCACAAUCAAGAUGGCCGUAUUUAAUGUGUACCAGGGUCUGUGCAAGACAUCUGGCCAUGUUGAGGAUUCACCCACAGCCCCAGAGGACACUAUUAAGCUUCUGGAAAAGAUCCAGAGUCUUUUUGUCAGUUGGAUGCCCAUUUGGGAGUCAAUAAACAGCCAGAACCAGCUGUGGACUGCACAUCAAUAG